UUUCCGUAUAGACCGCUUUAUAAUUUUUCCUUCUUUUUAAAACAUGGUUUAAUCCGAACUGUAUCGUUACCAAGAUGGCAGCUUCGUUAGAAGACGAAUUUGAAGAUGCACCUGAUGUAGAGCCUCUAGAGCCGACGUUAAAAAACAUAAUAGAGCAAAAAUCCCUGAAGUGGAUUUUUGUAGGUGGGAAAGGAGGCGUUGGGAAAACGACAUGCAGCUGCAGUUUGGCCGUGCAGUUGUCCACGGUCAGGGAGAGUGUCCUCAUCAUCUCCACCGACCCGGCACACAACAUCUCAGACGCCUUCGACCAGAAGUUCUCCAAAGUUCCCACCAAAGUGAAGGGCUACGAUAACCUCUUUGCGAUGGAGAUUGACCCGAGUCUGGGCGUGGCUGAGCUACCAGAUGAGUUCUUUGAAGAGGACAACAUGCUGAGUAUGGGCAAGAAGAUGAUGCAGGAGGCCAUGAGCGCUUUCCCUGGUAUCGAUGAGGCCAUGAGCUACGCUGAGGUCAUGAGGUUAGUAAAAGGCAUGAACUUCUCCGUGGUGGUUUUCGACACAGCACCUACAGGCCACACGCUGCGGCUGCUCAACUUCCCCACCAUCGUGGAGCGAGGCCUGGGUCGCCUCAUGCAGAUCAAGAACCAGAUCAGCCCCUUCAUCUCUCAGAUGUGUAACAUGCUGGGGCUGGGUGAUAUGAACGCAGAUCAGCUGGCGUCCAAGCUGGAGGAGACACUUCCUGUCAUCCGGUCCGUCAGCGAGCAGUUUAAAGACCCGGAGCAGACGACGUUUAUCUGUGUGUGCAUCGCCGAGUUCCUGUCCCUGUACGAAACGGAGCGUCUGAUCCAGGAGCUGGCCAAGUGCCGCAUCGACACACACAACAUCAUCGUCAACCAGCUGGUGUUUCCUGAUGCCGAGAGACCCUGCAAGAUGUGUGAGGCCAGACACAAGAUCCAGUCCAAGUACCUCGACCAGAUGGAGGACCUGUAUGAGGAUUUCCACAUCGUCAAACUGCCUCUACUGCCUCACGAGGUACGAGGAGCAGACAAAGUCAACACUUUUUCCAAACUACUCCUGGAGCCCUAUAAUCCCCCCAACAAGUGACUUACCUUACCUGAAACACACACACACACACCUACACAACCUUCUACUGUUCCUCACUGGUCCAUUAACCCUCUCAGUCCCCACAGCAACACAUCUUCAUCAACAUGCUCAUCAUCAUCAGAUCUGGAAAGAUUUAUAGUGAUAAAGGAUCGCAACAAUAAACACCCAUGUCUCUCUCUCUCUCUCUCUCUCUCUCUCUCUCUCUCCUUCACGCGGUUUAUUUUACUCACGGUCAUUCCUUAUUUUUCUCCGUUAAAUACAACCGAGUGAUUGCUUUAUUGUGUGAUGGUGAUUAAUGUGUAAAAAGGUAUAAAAACUGUUUGAAAGGUCUGAUCUGUGACUAAGAAUGUACUUGAUGUUUUGAAUCCGAUUAUUUGAACACCACCUCUGUUCGUCUCUCGUAUUCCUUUGACUAGUUGACGAGUUGAAGUUUUCACUGGUGUUCAAACAGCACUGUAGCUGAACUCCUAAACCCCACAUCCCAAGAUUCACCGGGAGCUCGAGUUAAAAACGCAUUUCUUCGGCCACGUUCACGGUCGUUGAUUCAGUAAAGAGAUUCUCGCAGUACUUGUAACGAUUGCAUUAAAGUUUAGUUCAGGUUGACUUUCAGUAUCUACAAGUAACUGUGUGAAAAAUAUUUAUCCUGUAAAGAAAAAAAAUGAUCUAAAUUCCUCAGGUUUGUUUUACUUAUUUAGUUUGGUUCUGCUCACUUUAUGUAAAUGUCCUUGAAGGGUAAUGAGGAUAUGUAAAUGAGAAGCUGCGUCUCAUCCAUGUAUCGCUCCUGUUUACCUUCUUGGCAUAUUUUUGGUGACAUUGUCCUCUCAGUGAAGGAGAUCUCUUUGUAAUUAAUUGUGUACGAACAGUGUGAUCAUGACGGAUAAUUAUACGGAGUAAUGCUCGACAGUAUUUGUAUUUGGUUUAUCUGAAACACCCCCCCUUUGUUCUCUCGUUCUCUCUCUCUCUCUCUCUCUCUCUCUCUCUCUCUCGCUCACUCGCUCACUCGCUCUGCUCUUGUGAAGAAACCCAUGUUCUCAGUAUUUUUCUUCCCCUUCCCAGAAAUCUGUUUAUUUGGAUUGUGUGAACAUAAAUUAGAAAAGUAUUUGGAAAUAAUUCAAAA